AUGAAGGCAAAUAUUGGCACAAUACUCGUCGGUUCAAAAGUAGUUUUGGUUCCGUACAGGCCCGAGCACGUUCCCAAGUACCAUUCAUGGAUGCUUAGCGAGGAACUACGCUCGUUGACCGCCAGUGAGCCCCUGACAUUGGAAGAAGAGUACGAAAUGCAGCGUGCGCUCUCUAUCCCACGCUCAGUAAAAAACCGGCCCACUGAUUUCAAUUCAUCCGGAAUAGAAAAAUGGCAAUUCGAUGAGGACAAGCUGACAUUUAUCAUCCUCGCGCGCGACCGCCAUGUGAACGAGGUGACAUCCCCACAAGACCCGAUACUCAACGAUCUGCAGAUGAUUGGAGAUGUGAACAUAUUUCUCUCAGGAAGCCUCGCGGAGCUACGCACUGAUACCGCGGAGGGGGUCGAAGACGACGAAUGCCAUGGUGCCGAGGUUGAAAUUAUGAUAGCGGAGCCCGAAUAUCGGCGGCGGGGGUGCGCAAUAGAAGCUCUCCAUCUAAUGCUUACCUAUGCCACCGGAAAACCAAGCGCCUUCUCCGCGCCUCCACCACCUCCUGCCCUUACCAUAGAUUCACCACUCAAAAUCUCCCCGUGCCGCUUGCUCACGCGCAUCUCGGAGACUAAUAUUGCGAGCAUCGCUUUGUUUCAGAAGCUCGGAUUUCAAGUCACGAAGCGCGUCGAAGUGUUUGGUGAAGUGGAGAUGCGGUGGUAA